AAAUAAAUUCAAACUUACGGGAUACGUCCGAACGGCAAUUCUGACAUUACGUUUUACCUUCCACUUCACUUUCCUUGGUUCAUAUUACAUAUUUGCUUGACAUAGCGGUUAAAUUCUGAAGCCGCAAAAAAACAAGAUUCAGCGUCAGGACGAUUUAUUCAGUUUUUCUGCUCAUCGCACUAACAAAUAUGGGACGCCGUAAGUCGAAGAGAAAGCCGCCACCAAAGCGCAAGAACAUCGAACCGCUUGAUCAGCAAUUCAACUGCCCUUUCUGCAAUCACGAGAAAUCCUGCGAGGUGAGAAUGGACAAAAGUCGAAACUCAGCCCAGAUUACCUGCCGGGUGUGUAUGGAAGACUAUCAGACGACGAUCAACUUCCUCUCGGAACCGGUGGAUGUGUACAAUGACUGGGUGGAUGCCUGUGAGACUGCAAAUUGAACUGCUGAUUUUAGAUUUAUUGAUUUGUGUGGAUGGGAGAGGAUGGAUAAUCCGAAUCUUAGGGUACGUUGCUGAUUGUUUAAGUCACUUAUUUUUAGCGUGCAAAUCCUGUAUUAAACGAGUUGAAACAUAAUUUCAAAUAAAGUUGAAAAAGACAAAAUGUGUGUAUAUUUCAUGAA